AUGAAAGCCCUGCUCGACGCCGGAGCCGACGCUUCUGCAGCCUCCUACGACGGUCAAACGCCUCUGCACAUGGCGGCUGCCGACGGCGGGAUCGAGCAGGUGCGAAUGCUUAUCGAGGCCGGAACCAACGUCAACGCUCGCACCAUGGACGACGAGACCCCGUUGCACCACGCGGCUAGGGCGGGAGAGGAGGAGAUCGCCAAGCUGCUCAUCGCUGCUGCUGGUGUGGAUAUCAACGCCAGAGACUGCUACGGACAGUCGCCGCUGCAUCAUGCCGCUAGUCGUGGGCAUCUCGGCGUGGUCCAGGUGCUUCUCGACGCCGGCGCCGACAUGAGCGCCCUCGACAACAAGGGAGACACGGCCGCCCUGCAUUCCCUCUCGGACGCGCCGGCCUCGGUCAAGCUCAUGAUAGAAAAGGGCGCCGACAUUUCUAUCCGAGGCCAGGGUGGCGAUACGCUGCUGCAUCGAGCGGCCUCGUUCUCGGCGGAGCUGAUUGGACUCUUGCUCGAGGCCGGCGCGGACCUCGAGGCGACGGAUGACGAAGGAAAGACUCCCUUACACGCUGCUGCUGCGUGGGGGGACGCCGAACAUGUUCGGAUCCUGCUUGCAGCCGGGGCUGAUAGGGGUGCGAGGACCAACGACGGCGAGACGGCGCUGCACCUGACGGCGGGGAGUCCGGAUGCCCUGUUCCUGGGUUUUGGACACGAGUCUGAUGCCAAAGCUAGGGUCCUCCUUGACGCCGGUAUCGAUGUGAAUGCGAGGACGUUGUCGGGUCAAACGGCCCUUGAUCGGGCAAGAGAAUGCAACCGCCCAGCUGUUGCGGAGGUGCUUCUUCAACAUGCAAGUGUAGAACCUUGA